AUGCUCGAAUCUGCGGCUAUCAAGCUGAUGGAGCUCAGAGCAAAGUCCCGCGACACAUGGCAUCGAGAGUUACAGCGCCUGCGGGAGGAACUGGGAGCGGAAAUUGACAACAUUCCAGUUCAUAUUCCAGCGAUGGAGGCUGUUGAGGAGGCCAAAAAACAGCAUCAACGACGCAAGGCAUCGAUCAAUACCCUUUGCGAUGACUUAAUCGAACUCACGAACUGCCUCAAGCGAGAAGUCAGUGAAAUCCAGGCGGAGGAAGGAAACGGUUACACCGCAGACCAGCCAAUCACUUCAGUCACCUAUGGAAGCCUAUCACGAAGAUCAUAUUAA